AUGGUGGUGAACUGUCAGAUGCCUGGGAUUGUUCCAAAUUCUAAACAAGUUUUUAGAAAGAAAAAACCUGAAGUAUUGAUUCCUCCUCAUGAGGAAUUUAAUGAAUCAUUGAUUAAGGAUCAUGCCGCCAAAAUUAGAGGAAUAUUUGAUCAAGUUGUACAGGAUCAACAGAUGAUGAAGGUUAAUUCUGUGCAAAUUGUUUCAGUUGAGAAGAAAAAUUCUGUUCAAUCCAGUGAUAUUGCAAUGAAGAAUGACAAUAGUUUUAAUAUCCUGGCAUCUCUCUGGAAGAUCAAGGAGGUGAAGGUGCUGCAGUAUCUGGGUGUGAAGAUGACAUUGAGGAGAUUGAAACACUAUGAUUUCCUAUAUUUACUGGACAAAGUAUUAUCUAAAUUGGAUCUUUGGGGGAGAAAGUAUAUUUCCUCUCAAGGAAAAUUAGCUCUUAUCAAAUCUGUGGUUCUUUCAGUACCAGGCUUCUUCUCUACACAUACUUUAAUUCCUUUAAGUAUUUUGAAGGAAUUAGAUAGAUUGUGUAGAGAUUAUCUAUGGAGGAAGGAUGAUUUUAAUCCGGGCUUGCAUUAUGUAGCCUGGGAAGACCUCUGCAAAACGAUUUGUGUUGGAGGCCGAGGGGUUCAUUCAGUAGUUCAAUCUGUAGGACCUUUGAGAGCUAAGUUCACUUGGAAUUUCUUCAAGAAACUAGAUUCUUUACUUAAUAAAACUUUAAGAGAAAAAUAUGGAAGUGAUGUAAUGCAUGUUGAUGUUAAGAGAUUCAAUUCUCCUACUUGGAAGAUUUUAAUCUGUGGAGCUAAAUCCUUACAACCGGUUAUCAGAUUCAAAAUUGUUGCAGGAAACUCUAUCAUUAUUCUAAAAGAUUGCUGGAUAUGGGAUAGAAGAUUGGAACUAUGGCCUACUUGCAUUGCAACAGUUGAAGGUGAGUUUCCAAAAUUGGAGAAUUUUAUCCUAAAUGGUAGUUGGAAUAAAGUUGAAUUUCUGAAAUUCUUUGGGAAAGAGAUGGUUGAUAUAAUUUUACAAAUUAAAUUGUAUCCAGAACAUCCUGAUGAUGAAAUGGAACUUGUUAAAUCAUUUUCUGGUAAGACUAUAGUUGUGUUAGCCAGGUCUUAUGCAGAUGAUAAUUUAGAUUCCUGGAGCUGGUUUAAGAAAAUGAAAUUGAUUCCACGGGUAGCGUUGUUCUGGUGGCACUUGUGGAGAAAUGCUAUUCCAUCUAUAGACUUCCUUGUGUACAGAAAAUUAGCGAAUGAUAAUCUUUGUCCUAGAGGAUGUGAUGCGGUGGAGAAUUCAGAGAAUUUAGCAAUUAAAUGUGGAAAGAUGAAAGAGGCAAUCGGUUCGGCAAAUAGAUGGGGUUUCUCAGUUCCUAUGUUUAAUUCUUGGACAGAUUUCUUGCUGAAGCUGAAAUACAUGUUGAAGACCAUUGUCAAAUUCUGGGCAUCCCCACCCCCCGAGUGGAUUAAAGUCAACAUAGAUGCAACAUUGUUGAGAUCUAAUGAAACCAGAAUUGGUGGAGUUUUUAGAGAUCAUAAAGGUAGAUUUCUCCUUACUUUUGGAAUCAAAUGUACUCAUUGGGACAAUGGUGCUCUGGAGUUGUUGGCAUUCCAAAAUUUAAAUAAAGUUAUUAAGGAUUGGAUGAUGGAUUCAAAAUGGAUUAUACUUGAAAGUGAUAGUUACAAUGUUGUGAACUAUUUGAAGGCUGCUGUUAAGAAACCCUUUCCGAUCCAUGAUGCUAG